AUGCAGCCAUUGUGAUUAUGUGCUUUAGAAUAGUAAAUAACACAAUGUUUAAAUUUUAGACGAUUAACUCCAAUUAACUCGUCAGAAAGUUCGCGAUAAUGGUCGAGCUGGAUGAAUACAAAGAACGUGUGCGACAGAUCAGAGAAUAUGCGAUCGAUCAUAAUAUCACGGAAGCACAAACGUCGGAAAUAUUUCAAGCUUGUUUUCGGCAAUUAGAGGCAAAGUAUUCGAAGAAAUCAAAUAGAUCACGAAGACCAUUGCGACUUGUCCUUUUCUUCGUUUUCAUCUCGAUCGUUGCUGUAUUGUUACAUUUAUGCAGCCAAAAAUGGUUAAAUGAUAUAUUUGUCAGAAUCUCACAAAAUUCCAUUUAUCCCGUUUUAUAUGUACUUCGGAAAGUGGCUAUACCUGUCAUCAGCCUAUAUCCAUCUUUAUCUGAUUUAUAUGAUGAAUGGUGCUUGAUAGAAAAUCCAUAUUUCUAUGUUAGCGACAUGGAUUGCUGGCCCUGUACUGCCGUCCAUUCCGUCCCAGAUUUGACUGGUCACAGUAUCAGUAGAUCUUUCAAUAUCGGUAUACCAUAUACUAGAGCGGAGAAUAAUACUAAAGUGAAAAUGAAAGAUCUAGUUGACACAUAUUGGAGCAACAAAGAUAUCUUUGAUGAAGAUGCUAGAAGAAUUUCUUCCAAUAAUGAGACUUUAAGAACUAUUCGUGAUGUCAUGGAUAAUAGAUUGGAUGUAUAUCCAACUAAUUUGCUUACUACACACAUAUCUUGGAGAAUAAACCGUAUGAAGCCUAACAGGAUACUUCGAAAGUUAUUUCCAAAACCGGCCGAAACUCCGGAUUGGUGGAGUCAGAGCAUAGAAAAGUACAUUUUUAUUGAUGAAUCAAGAUCACCUCCUUAUCUGUUGCCUAAUCCCGAGUGCAGUAAUAUCGUGAUACGGUGCGCGGCUGGUGCGAGGUUGAUAAAAAUGAUACCGAGCUCAGAGUGCAUUCAACAUUGUAGAUCCUUGACCAUUUUAUUGUCCGCUGGACAUACUUUAUGGUACAAUUGGUGGUAUUGGAGACCUGUGAGUCUGCCAGUGUACAAUGCUACUGAUCUCUUUAUCGGUUACCUAACUUCACUUUGUUAGCGCCACCGAUAGAAGAGACGUUCUCGAUGUGCCAAAGCAACGAUAGCCAAAUGAUAAAGUCGCGUUUCAUAAAAUUUAUAUAUUGUGUUUA